CACCUAUGUUGAUUUUUGCAUUAAAAAAACAGUAUUUGUUUGAAAACGAAACAAGACAGUAAAAACAUCACUACACAAGCUAUAGUACUUUACGAUUGUACAUAUGUAAAAGAUCCAUCAAUUAUAAACAAAACUGAAAAAGACAAUAAUAAUAAUAAUAAUAAAGUCGAGACCGGCUUUGGCUGCUUAGGUCAAGUGUAAGGUGAGCAAAAAUCGAAAAGUUGUCAAGAAACACGUGUAUGGACCAUUUUGCAUAGACGUAAAUGUUAUAAUAACAAACUUGGUGCAAUGGCUACGGAAUUAAUGGAAAAUAUAUUGGAGUACUUGGCAAAGAACGAAGAGGCAGACUCUCCUGGCUUGGCACAGAAAUUUGGUGUUGAUCAUCAAAAGAUUGUUGGUGCUAUCAAGAGCUUGCAAGCCUUUGACGAUCUGCUAAAAGUAGAUUUUAAAAGUAGCAAGGAAUGGGUAUUGACAGAUGAGGGGCAGCAUGUCCUGGAUCACGGAAGUCACGAAGCUGCGGUGUAUAAUGCCGUACCUGCAGACUCAAACGGUGCCAAACAAGCAGAUAUUUUGGCAAACGUUCCAUUUGCCAAAGUCGGUCUGUCAAAGGCUCUUGCUGCCUCGUGGAUAGAACUAGUCAAAAAUGAAAAAGAUACUUUCAUCAGGAGAAAGGUGCCUACUAUCACGGAUGAUGUUCAGAAGCACAUGAAAGAUCUGCAAACACUGUCAGAAGAUUUGAAGAAGGAGUACAAGAAAAGAAAAUUGCUGAAAGAAAACGUCAUAAAGAUUAUGGUACUUAAGAAAGGUGACAGCUUCUCAACUAAAAUCGAAAAGCCAGAAGCUGAUCUGACUGCCGAUCUGUUGGUCAAUGAUGCAUGGAAGCAGAAGAAAUUCAAGCCUAUCAAUUUAGAUGCUCUUGGUGCACCCCUUGAUGUUGGGCACUUGCAUCCUCUGUUGAAAGUUAGGUCGGAGUUUAGGAAAAUAUUCUUGGAAAUGGGCUUUCAAGAGAUGCCAACAAAUAACUAUGUGGAAAGUUCUUUCUGGAAUUUUGAUGCAUUGUUCCAACCUCAACAGCAUCCAGCUAGGGAUGCUCAUGAUACCUUUUUCAUCUCAGAUCCUGCUACAAGCACAAGUUUUCCCGAAGACUAUCUGGAUAAAGUACGUAAGGUCCACAGCAAAGGUGGCUAUGGAUCCCAAGGUUACAGAUAUGACUGGAAGCUGGAGGAAGCCCAGAAGAAUCUAUUAAGAACUCACACAACGGCAGUUAGUGCUCGAAUGUUGUAUAGACUAAUGGAACAGGGCAAGUUUAAGCCAGUAAGGUAUUUUAGUAUCGACAGAGUAUUUAGAAAUGAAACCCUAGAUGCCACCCAUUUGGCCGAGUUUCAUCAAGUUGAAGGUGUAAUAGCAGAUUAUAAUCUCACAUUGGGAGAUUUGAUUGGCAUACUCUAUGAGUUCUUUAGCAAACUUGGCAUAACAAAGCUUGAAUUCAAGCCUGCCUACAAUCCAUAUACUGAGCCAAGUAUGGAAAUUUUUUGUUUCCAUGAGGGCUUGGGCAAGUGGAUCGAAAUAGGAAAUAGUGGUAUUUUUAGACCAGAAAUGUUAUUGCCCAUGGGUCUUCCAGAAAAUGUUAAUGUUAUUGCUUGGGGGCUGUCACUGGAAAGGCCUACAAUGAUAAAGUAUGGUCUCAACAAUAUAAGAGAUUUGGUUGGACCUAAGGUCGAUUUACAAAUGGUCCAGGACAACCCAUUAUGUCGUCUAGACAAAUGCAAAGUCUCGUCAGCAUCGACAAAUGCCGACGAAUGUGGCACGCUUGCAGACAGGCCUCAACCAGCUGCAAAGCCCAUCACGGAAGAUCUCGUGAUGUUCUGCGACCCCACGUAUCCACCGUACUUCCUCGAGGCUCUUUUGAAGCCGCUAAAGACAGUGUUCUCUGUGAGAAUAAGCGUGCACUAUCACUCGACAACUUGCAACUCGAAGGUUUCAGCGGAGGUAAAGGAUUUUUGCGGUAGGCUCGAGAACUCGAUCGACGAAUCGCUUCCAAAGUUAUCCCUCGUUGUCAUCUGGAGGUGUCAGGAUGCGGAGUCUAUUUGUUGUCUGAAAGUCUCGGAGGGACGUGAGAUAGCUGGGCAAGUGAAUGUGGCUCGGUGCUUCGGUAGAUUGGUAGAACAACGACGACCAGAGCUGUUGAGGUACGAAAGUCGAGGAGCGGACUUCGCCAAUCAAGUCGACCUGGUACUGCGAAAACUGGAGGCGAUCGAACCCUUCGAUCUACGGAAGCUACAACAUUUUAGUAAGAGGGAGAACAACGGCAGGAAGUCGAAGUACUUCUUUGGUGAGGAGAUGAGUCUAGUUGAUGUGUUCUUGUAGUCUAAAGUGCUUUCGUCGUUUUUAUCCAAAUAAAAAGUAGGAGAUCUCAGUCUUUUGUUUGAUUGAGAGGGAAGGCUAUUUGUUGCGAGAAGAGAAAUCGGGAACAACAGUUUACAAGUAAUUAAAACCGAAAACUCUGGACUGAACAAAGUGUAUCUCAAAAAAAAAAACUCCAUAUAUUUUACCGUUUUCCAAUAAAGAGCCAAAAAGUUUCAUAAAUAUGAAGCUUUAAUACUUUUUGAUUGAUUGUGUGAAUAAAACAAACUUUUUUGA